AUGACGGUCGCAACCACCAACGGCGCCUCCAACGGCCACACUAACGGCCACAGCGACGCCCACUCGUCGUCCAUCGGCUUCUCCACCAAGGCCAUCCACGUCGGUUCCGAGCCCAACGCGGCCACGGGCGCUGUCAUUCCUCCCAUCAGCCUCAGCUCCACCUUUGCCCAGGACGGCAUCGGCAACCACAAGGGCUACGAAUACUCGCGAUCCGGCAACCCCAACCGCGACUCGUUCGAGCGUGCCGUCGCGGCGCUAGAGGGCGGCAGCCGCGGUCUCGCCUUCUCUUCCGGCUCGGCGGUCACCGCCACUGUGCUCAACUCGAUGCCCUCGGGCUCGCACAUUGUCAGCGUCAACGACGUCUACGGCGGCACCUACCGCUACUUCACCAAGGUCGCCACGGUCUCCCAGGGCAUCCAGACCACCUUUGUCGAGAUGGACGGCACGGCCGACGACGUCUCGGAGCGCGUCAACGCUGCCAUCCGCAAGGAGACCUCGCUCGUCUGGAUCGAGACGCCCACCAACCCCACUCUGCGCGUCAUCGACAUUCCUCUCAUUGCCAAGCUGGUGCGCAACCACCCCAACGCCAGCAAGGACAUCAAGAUCGUCGUCGACAACACGUUCAUGAGCCCCUGGUUCCAGAACCCGCUCGCGCACGGCGCCGACCUCGUCAUGCACAGCGUCACCAAGUACCUCAACGGUCACAGCGACGUCGUCAUGGGCGUCGCCGUCACCAACGACGAGGCAUGGGCCGACCGCAUCGCCUUCCUGCAGAACAGCAUCGGUGCCAUCCCAUCGCCCUUUGACAGCUGGCUUGCCCUGCGUGGCCUCAAGACGCUUGCGCUCCGCAUGAAGGCGCACGGCGAGUCGGCGCUCGCCAUCGCUCAGUUCCUCGAGGCACAUCCGGGCGUCGAGACGGUCAUCUACCCCGGUCUCCCAUCCCACCCUGGUCACGAGGUGGCACGACGACAGAUCUCGAAGCGCGCGGCCGCCGCGGGACCGACGGGAGCCAACGGUGCCUUCGCGUACGGCGGCAUGAUCUCGUUCCGAAUCAAGGCGGACCCUGCCGACGAUGCUCCGGCUGACAAGCUGCUCUCUAGCCUCAGCGUCUUCACCCUUGCCGAAUCGCUCGGCGGUGUGGAGAGCUUGAUCGAGCUGCCGUCCAAGAUGACCCACGGCUCCGUAGCGCUCGAAGACAGGAUCAAGAUUGGCAUUGGCCACAACCUGAUCCGCGUCAGCGUCGGUAUCGAGGACACGGCGGAUCUCAUCCAGGACCUCGAGCGUGGCCUCAAGGCGGCUGGCCUCUAG